AUGGCUGAUCUGGCUCACAACUUCUGCGAACUCAGUGAUCGACACGGGGAGAAGGAAGGCAUUCCGUGGGAUGACGACGUCGACCUCUGCGUGGAUGCCAUCCAUGAGCACAAGCUUGUCGCCUUGGCCAUCGCCUUGGAGGCCGAAGCUCUGGGCACAGCGCAACCUCACAUCACCUUCAGCAUCAGGCGGGCGAUGGCUUUGUUACGGUCUACGGGCCACACCAUCGGAACCGAGUCCUCGCGGUCCCUGGUGUUCCGGGUGAAGCGCCUUGAUGCGCAGGACCACGAUCCAGCAGUAGAUGUGUGGCUGUGCUUCCACAUGUCCACCAUGCUGGAGGAGACGGAGAACGUUACGCUGAUGUCCCGAAUGUUUGGGCCAACCCUACCGCGCAGCCUCGUCGAUCCGCUGCAGAAGAUGCCCUUUGGGCGACUGGUGCUCUGGGGACCUGCGCAGCCAGAGGAGGUGACGCGCUUGUAUUUGAACUUUCACGAACCUGCCGCAGACUUCAUGACCACCUGCCGCGGUCGGAAACUGCAUGGUAAGAGGAUGGAGUUCGAGGAUGAGGUGCCCUGCUCCCAGCUCAGCCACGUCGCGAGCUUCGCCACGCGCUGGCAGGCACUGGACCUCGAAGACGAGGAGGCCCAAGAGGCGUUACAAGCCACGAGCCACCUGCAGCGCACCCGACUGCCUGGCCUUACGCCUGCGUCCACCUCCAAAGUUCUCGAGGUGCUGCGGGCAUCCCUUGAGCCAGAGCCACCCCGGUACAAAGUGCGCUGGGAAGGCCGCAAUGAGGACUCAGGGCCCCUCCUCUGCACGUCGCUGCUCUGGCGCGGCGACCCGGAGGCAGACCUGCUCCAGCCGGUCCUUACGGAGCUCGGGAGCCUGCCUGUGCGGUCUUUGACCUGCGGCGCGGCGGGCGAAACUCCUCGUUUUGUCUGGGAGGAUUCCUGGACAUAA